AUGACGGAAGGGGAUCCAUCCUACAUUGACUACGAGGCCUUUUUAGACCCUGACUUCUCACCGUCUGGGUUCGCCAAUACACUUGUACUCAGUACCAACAAUGCCACAGACACGCCUCUAGAUUUAUCGACGCCACUAUCACGGGUGCUUUUUGAUCUUCAGGAAAUUGACACCCACAUCCACGGCCUAACUACGAGAUCCGCCCUGCCACUACUGGCCCACACGCAAGGUCAAACUGGAGCCGCAGAACAUAUAUUGAAAGAAACGGGGACACAGAUUGCUUCAGUCACACAAGGAUAUGAGCGCUUAGAGAAAGAGGUUGUGCAAAAAUGGCAAGCGGCGGACGAAGCUCGAAUUGCCGCCGAGAAGUCAUUAGCGACGGUUCGGCUGGCACGAGCCGUGUCGCGCUGUCUCGGACUUGGUCGACAGUUGGAGAGCCAGGUUGCAGAGAUAUUGGGCCGUGGCACUGCCGGUCAGUCUUCAACUGGUCUCGAUGGGGCGACUGUAACAACAGGCAAGGAAGGGUUCCGAGCUCUAGAGCGCGCGGCAUAUACGAUUUUGAAUUUGCGACAGAUGUACUUGGCCACCUCGGAAGACGAAGAGGGAUACGGACUAGAUCGAGUCAAAGUCGCUCGCACGUUGCGCAACGAAUUUGUCAUUCCAGCCGAGAAUAUGGUCAAGUCAAGGGCCCAACAAACCAUCAAUCAAUUUUCGAUAUCUAGCCCAGGGGGCGCCUCAAAUGGUCAAUCAUCAGGGUCGAACUAUAAGCAAACCCGCGAUUCAAAGUCACGCUUGGCUACAGCGGCAGCAACUCUGUACCUCCUUUCGCCUAUUCCUCGAGAACCGGUCUCAGCAAUCGACUACAAACCUGAGCUUUUUGUUUCAACAGUCCAGGGUUACAUGCAUACGGCAAUUAUGAGUUCCGUGAAUACUCUCGCAAAAUCCCUGUCUCAGCUGCCUACAAUGGAUCGAGCACUGGGAGAUGUAUCCGCGCGUUGUCAGGACAUUGUGGCCUUCGAGACUAUUCUACGAAACCUCCGCGCACCAGCACAUCCUCUCCUCGAAUUGGCCAGCACCCAUGUCGACCAACCUGCAUCAGAUGCCGAGGCCGCUGCUGAUAAAAGUAAGGUCAAUCUCUUACAACCGGUACUUCGAAGCCUCGACACAUCCUCUUUGCCAUCGUACUACUGGCGUUCACUUGCUUCAUCUCUCUCUAGCCGGGUUCAGGAGAUAAUCAAUCGCGGCGGCGUGUCAGCUCGGACUCUACGUUCCAAUCGGGAUCGCUUGAAAGCCGAGAUCAGAGACUGUGUGCUUCGAUCUUCGCAGGCCUCCACUGCCGGAGUAAUGGCCGAUAAGAGCCGAUCAGGGACCGACCCCGUGAGCGCGGCAAACUGGGAACGCGAAGCCGCGGUAAUGGUUAGCUCGGUGGUCGGGCCGUUGAGCCGUUGA